AUGGUGGAGACACGAGUUAGUUUCGUUUCUCGCCGGCACCGCGACGGCCCGCCCCCUUCCGCGCCCGCUCCGGUGUGGCAGUGGCAGCGGCAGCGGCAGCGGGCGGCGAUGCUGCCAGGCUGCACCUCGGGGCCGCCGGGCCCCCUCUGUCGCGCUCUGCCCGCCGCCGCCCCAGCCGUCCGCCGCCGCCUGCGGGAGUGCGCGGCGCGGAUUCCGGAGGCUGGAUCGGUGCUGGACAUCCUGGAGAAGUGCCCCGAGGGUCAGCGGAAGGGAGAGUUUCCCGUCGUGGUGUUUGAGGGGCUGGAUGCCACAGGCAAAACCACAGUAACACAGUCAGUUAAAGAUGCCCUGGGCGCCGUUCUGUUAAGGUCUCCGCCAGCUUGCAUCAGCCAGUGGAGGACAAUAUUUGAUGAAGAGCCAACACCCAUUAGAAGGGCCUUUUAUGCUGCGGGCAACUACAUCCUUGCUUCAGAAAUAGCGAAAGCAUCCACUCAGGCACCUGUGAUUGUAGACAGGUAUUGGCAUAGCACAGCUGCUUAUACAGUAGCCACUGAAACAGAUGGGAACAUCCAGAAUCUUCCACCAGAUCACGAUGCCGUGUAUAAGUGGCCUGAAGACCUGCUCAAACCCGAUCUUGUUCUUCUCCUAACUGUCAGCCCUGAGGAGCGAGCCCGGAGGCUUGAGGCUCGAGGGCUGGAGAGAACAAAGGAAGAGGCUGAACUGGAAGCUAACAGCUUGUUUCGACAAAGAAUUGAAGAGUCGUACAGAAGGAUGGUGAAUCCUGCGUGCCAAGAGGUUGAUGCCAGUCCCUCCAAGGAAGAGGUUUUCAAGACAGUGCUGCAACUAAUUAAAAAACACUGUGCCUUGUGAAAGCAACUUCUUUUUAUUAACACUUAAAAUAUACUUUUUACUGUCACUUUAUUUCUGCUAGCUCAAAAUGCCCUAUGAUGUACUUUGUUCCCUAGAAGAACCUUUUAUUUCUUCUGCCAAAAGCAAUCUGGUCAGGUUAUCAGUUUCACUGAUGUCUACUGCACUUUUAUGUAUGAAGCAAAAUAACACUCACAUGUUGUUCAGCAUUCCUGGUAAAACCACAAGCCUACCACAGUCUUACACAAAGUACGUGAGAGCGCUCUCUGACACUGCGACAUUUCAAGAUGCUGUCAGGUUGUAUCAUCAUCAUGAUGAGAACUUGUUCCUGCCUUCACUGUGUACCAGAAUUCACUGAUUGCAGCAGGAGCAUGAGAUGUGCAAGGAGAGGAUAAAAUGUAAUCCAGCAGUAAAGCAAUGAGACAAUCAUAACACUUGGGAACAACCCGAUGUUGCUUACUGGAAUAGAGGAUGAGCUGCUGUGAUAAACGUCCUGUAAGAACUGUCUCAUAAAUAUGGGUAGUAAGUACCUGGGACUGUAAGGAAUACAGUCCAUGCCUGUCAACAUAUGCAAAUGAAAUGUCAAUUCAUUUCAGAGGGAAAAAAGAGAACACUGACAUAUUAGAAGCAGAGACCUGAGGAGAACACGAGAUUAAAAACACUGGUUAAAUGCUUGUUAAAAUAUCUUUCUACAAAGUAUUUUGUCUAUCCUAUAGGUUUGCCAGUGUAAGUUUUUGUUCUUUUUGAGAGAAUGUGAAGUGACAAAAUGCAGAGAAUUGGAGCAAUGAGGAUGGUAGUACUUUGAUUUUACUUGUAUGGUUGUUUUUUUCCCACAUGUUGAAUAUAAAAGCAGGCUACCAGCAAGACUUCAGCUCUGCAAAGGCUUAUUUUUAUGUACAUUGGUUUCACUGUUGCUCAUAACUAUAAAACAAAACAUAUGGAUAAGCCUUUGGGGGUGUCAGAAGUGAACUGCAAUUCCAGAAAGAAACACUAAUAAAAUGCAAUUUGAUUUAAAA